AUGGUUGGUCAGCUGGUCGCAGCCUUCGUCCGCUGGCACGCGCUCCACGUUCACUUGGGCCCCAUGACGUUGAUGAAAGCCAAUACCGGGCUUCUGUAUACCUACGUGGAGUACGGACUGGUCUUCUUCUGCGGGUUCAUGAACAAGUGGGACAAGUGCCAGGAUAUGAGGGACGGCAUGUGGCUUCAAGAAGUUGCAUCCGAAGUGUGUGUGCCUCUCCUAACGGCGGCGGUGCCACAGCCCUGCCACGCCUACAACACAGCCUACUGGACCGGCCUCGUUUGCAUGUUCGCCAUCGCCCUGAACUGGAUCCUCAUGAUUGUCAGCUGCUCAAUGCUCAUGACGUAUUUCAGCAGCAGCAAGCACAAGCCGGAAUAUCGGCAGUGGUCCUUGUACCUCAUGGCGACGGGGACGUGCCUGAUCUUCAGCGCGCUGAUGCUUUGGACCUUGGUGACCUUGCAAGCGCUGGAUGACAUCAUCUCCAUGCUGCAGGUCCACUACGACAUCACGGGCGCCAGCUACGGCUUCUUCUUCAUGUGGUUCAGCCUGGUCUUUCAGCUGGCCGCCUUGGGCAUGCACAACUGCAUGCCCGUGGGCAACGAGCUGACGGAGGAGGAACGGCUCUUCAACAAGAUGCAGAAGGCGCAGAUGGCCGAGCAACCGCAGGCCGGCUACGGGGCUCCAGGCUACGGCCAAGCCGGCUACGGCCAACAAGGCUACGGCCAGCAGGGCUACGGCCAGCAGGGCUACGGCCAGCCGGGGUAUGGGCAGCAAGGCUACGGCCAGCCGGGCUACGGGCAGCCAGGCUAUGGCCAGCCCGCGCAGUGGGGCGCUGGCAUGCCAGGAGUCCUCAUGCCAAGCUCCAGGACCCUUGCGCUUGGCAGGAAGGUGCUUCAGAUGGCGUGUCCGUCUCCGGAGACCGGCGCCGCCAAGCUGAACCGUGAGCCCUUCGCCGCCGCCAUGCUGCUGCUGAUCUCGCGGCUGGCGGUUGCGAUGUCCGCAUGUGAGGAGACCUCGCUGCUGCAAGCCAAAAGUCACGUGAGGACACCAGAUGCGCCGAAGAACACAGUUGUGCCCCACCAUAGCCAGGAGGCAGCGAUGCCUCGCCGCAGAAGGCCCCUCAAGACACUCGCAAGGAAACGGAAGGACGAUGAGACAGCACUCACAAGUCUGAAGCAGCUACUGGCAACAGUAGGUCGACGUGAGGAGGAGCUUGCAAAGCUUACUGGAGAACUCGAACGCAUCUUGUCUUCGAAGAAGAAGACAGACGGAGUUGACAUAGCUCGGGAGGGGUCCACGAUCAUCAUCAACUCCAGUACGGUCUAUGGGAAUGUCAUCGGCGGGAACAGCAACUGGUCGCCCAUCAAGUCGGAGUUCCUGGGAAAUCAGCAGAAGUCUCUCAGCGUGGGAGAUGUUCAUUGGCGCUGGAGACACACCGUCUUUGUGCCCAUUGGCAACACCAAGAAGUCUGUGGACGUCAGCGCGAACGGGACGAAUAUCCGCCACAAGGUGGACACUGAUUUGUUCGACAAGGGAAGCCAGCGCGGGCAGGUGACAUCCUCUCAGCAAGCCUCCGGAAAUGGCACAGAACUCGGCGAUCUCCUGGACGAUUUGGAGGAUCCUCUGGAUCAGGACCUUGAGGAUCCAGAGGAUCCAGAGGAUUCAGAGAUGGAGGUGUCGACAACGUCUCCUGACACGCGAGAGCUGGGAGGACGGCAAAAGAAAACAAAAGUGCAAGCCGUGGCCAAAAGGGCUACGUGACUCUGGAAAAACCACCAUGCAUUUGAUUAAUUUGAUCAUGUCAUGUCCAUUUGACACUUGAAUUCGGCUGAAUUGAUCGAUCGAGUAGCCUAGUCGUCGUUUCAAGAUCGACUUGGCCUGUCUCAGAGAGGACA